UUCUUUCUUUUUUUGACAAAUAAUUAAAAAUGAUUGACUUGACUAGUUUUGUUAUUGUCCUUCUUUGCACAUACCUUCUUAAUUUGAUCAAUUAUAGUAUAUUCCUUUUUGGCGCAUAUCUUAUUUCCAAGCUACUUCAUUUUUCAUUUAUCGAUAAGUCGAAACGAGAAAUCAAUCGACUCCCUCCUGGUCCAAAACAAUGGCCUAUUGUAGGCAACCUUUUUCAAUUAGGGCAAUUACCUCAUCGAGACAUGGCGUCUUUCUGCGAAAAAUAUGGGCCAUUAGUCUAUCUCCGACUAGGUAAUGUUGAUGCUAUCACCACAAAUGAUCCAGAAAUCAUAAGAGAAAUACUUGUACAACAAGAUGAUGUUUUUGCAUCUAGGCCAAGAACUCUUGCUGCCAUUCAUCUAGCUUAUGGUUGUGGGGAUGUAGCAUUAGCUCCUUUAGGUCCAAAAUGGAAAAGAAUGAGAAGAAUAUGUAUGGAACAUUUAUUGACAACAAAAAGACUUGAAUCAUUUGCAAAACAUAGGGCAGAUGAAGCCCAAAGUUUAGUUAAAGAUAUUUGGACCAAAGCCCAAAAAGGACAAAUAGUGAAUUUGAGGGAAGUUUUAGGUGGAUUUUCAAUGAAUAAUGUGACUAGAAUGUUGUUAGGUAAACAAUAUUUUGGGGCAGAAUCAGCAGGUCCACAAGAAGCAAUGGAAUUUAUGCAUGUAACACAUGAGUUAUUUUGGUUACUUGGUGUGAUAUAUUUAGGUGAUUAUUUACCUUUUUGGAGGUGGAUUGAUCCUUAUGGAUGUGAGAAGAAAAUGAGGGAUGUUGAAAAAAGGAUUGAUGAUUUUCAUAUGAGAAUAAUUGAAGAACAUAGAAAGAAGAAAGGUAAUAAAAAUAAUAAUAAUAUUGAUGAUGAUGAAAUGGACUUUGUGGAUGUUUUAUUAUCUCUACCAGGAGAAGAUGAAGGAGAUGGCAAUGGAAAACAACAUAUGGAUGAUGUAGAGAUUAAAGCUCUAAUUCAGGAUAUGAUAGCUGCAGCCACAGACACUUCUGCUGUGACCAACGAAUGGGCAAUGGCUGAGGUGAUCAGACAUCCACAUGUCCUCAAAAAGAUCCAAGAAGAACUCGAUAUAGUAGUCGGGUCGGGUCGGAUGGUAACCGAAUCCGACUUGAUCAAUCUCAAGUACCUCCGUUGUGUAGUACGUGAAACAUUCCGAAUGCACCCCGCGGGUCCAUUCCUAAUACCACAUGAAUCAAUUCGAGAUACUAAGAUCAACGGCUAUUACAUCCCAGCCAAGACACGCGUGUUCAUCAACACGCAUGGUCUUGGCCGGAACACAAAGAUUUGGGACAACAUAGAUGAGUUUAGGCCAGAGAGACAUUUGCCACCAAAUGGUGAUGAAAAAAACAUGAUCUUGACUAGUAGUAUUAGUAGUAGUAAUAGAGUUGAGAUUAGUCAUGGUCCAGAUUUCAAGAUUUUGCCAUUUAGUGCUGGAAAAAGGAAGUGUCCUGGUGCACCAUUGGGUGUGAAAUUGGUGCUUAUGGCAUUGGCUAGGUUGUUUCAUUGCUAUGAUUGGAGUCCACCAAAUGGAGUAAAGCAUCAAGAUAUUGACACAAAUGAAGUUUAUGGAAUGACUAUGCCUAAAGCUAAGCCAUUGAUGGCUAUUGCUAAACCUAGACUACCUCCUCACUUGUACCAAUAAUCAGAGGGAUUUCGUAACGAAUCAAAUAAAGAGAAAUUUCUAUUUGUACCUCGUAAAAAAAAAAAAAAAACUUUCGCCUCUUGUAAUAGUAUACUUCAACAUUUUUCUCACCUGUGGCAACAAGCCAGAGAUUUCCAAA